GACGCAGGCUGGCAGGUCAUGCAACAGAAAGCCUACGCAUUUCAGUUCUUUAAACGCAGCAUCGAGAACUGCACUGCUGACAGACUCGCAGGCUUUUUUUGAGAGAAGAACAGGCUAUAAAUCAUGGUUGAAUAUAACUGCAAUCCAGUGUUGAACCACACAGACAGAGCGAUCAAUCUGUUUGAACGUGUGGCCUACACGCCUGUCUUCAUAGUGGGGCUUUUAUUCAACGUCACGACCCUGUGUAUCUUCUGCCGCCUCAAGCGCUGGACAGACAUGCACAUCUACAUGUUCAAUCUACUGGUGGCUGAUUUCCUAGCCAUUAUUUUUCUACCUUUCAGGAUACUGGAAACCUUUUGCCCGAUUAAUCCCAGCAAAUUGUGUACAUUCCUGCUGUGCACCCAAUACUCCAACAUGUACAGCAGCAUCUUCACCAUUACAGCUAUCAGCAUUCAGCGAUUUAUAGCCGUCAGAUUUCCGUUUCUAACCAAAGCACUGGCCUCCAAAAGUAGGAUGAUCGCCACUUCAAAGUGCAUCUUAAUCUGGACAAUCAUAGUGGUCAUCUGUGUUUGUAACUAUAAAGACCUUCUCCCAGAAGACUUAGAGCACUGUUAUGACCGAAAACUGACAAAAAAGCUCAAACAACACUUUUUCUUGCUUUUAGAGAUUUUAGGUUAUCUUAUUCCAGUGCUCAUCGUCAUACUUUGCUCCACACAAACCAUCUACAUCCUGAUCAGAUCCCUUAAGCAUGUCCAAGGCAGGGACAAAGUGGAAAGGAAAAACAUAGCCGCUAUCAUCACUGCGAACAUGUUCACAUUCAUAGUUUGCUUCACGCCCGUUCAUAUUGGUCUUUUGUUGCAAUAUGUAUUAGAUGCUUCAGGUAAAGAUUUUGUGCACGUGUUUCUUGAUGUCGCCGAGUGGAUCGCUACCACCAACUGCUGUCUGGAUUCGAUUGGUUAUUACUUUCUGCUGAAAAGAGUUAAUAAAAGGGACAAUUGUUCAUACUGAAUGUAAAAAGUUAGAGUAAAUCGAUCUAGAUUAGAUCGAGGCAGAUCCCUGUAAUAUGUGAGGAACACAGUAUAACAAAGCUUGGUCUACAACUGACGACACUGGUGUUAUCAUGGUAUAUGUUGGUAUAAUACUGUUGCACGAGUAAGAUCAUUGCAGGCUACUAUGGCACCACCAGAGUAUGUUCUUGUUUGGACUGUUACUUUGAGAAGAAAUUAUAUUAAUUUUUUUGUAUGCAAUAUAUUCCAACAAAAUGUCUAAAUGAUUAUCCUCUGCACUUUGCAAUUUUUUGUUCUAAUAAUUUUUUUCAUGAAGAAUAUGCCAAUAUGAAGGAAUUCAAUAAUAUUGUUUAAAUAAAAUAAUUGUAUUAUAUUUAUA